ACUCGGGACCUUGCCUGAGCGCCGCACGCCGGCCCUGAAUGAACGAAAGAGUCACCGGAGACCUUGCAGGCGUGCGAACCAUGGACGGGAAGAAGCAACGGUCGGUGCUGAACCUGCCUCUUGGCUACCACUUUGCGCCGACGGAGGAGGAGCUCAUCGUCCACUACCUCCGCCGGAAGAUGGACGGCCACCCACCGCACCUGCCCAUCUUCAAGGACGUGCCCGUCAUCGACUACCGCCCGGAGCAGAUCACAGAGGAGUUCAGGGACUCCGGUGAGGACCGGUGGUACUUCUUCACCAAGCGGACACGCAAGUACGCGACGGGCUCACGGCCGGACCGGACCACGCCCGCCGGGGGGUACUGGAAGGCCACCGGUCCUCAGAAAGACAUCUUCACCGGCGGCAAGAAGCAGGUUGGGCGCAGGAGGGCGCUCGUGUUCUACUACGGGCCGGAUGACAAGACCGACUGGAGCAUGUACGAGUACGAGAACAUCACGUCCGAGCAAGAGGCCAAGGACAAGAACGUCGACAAGCUUGGCGAGUGGGUGCUGUGCACGAUACAGAGACAGAAGACCCAGCCUGCAGGCAGCGACGGCGACGACACGAUGAAGGGGGGCGGCAGGAAGAGGAAGGGCAAGAAUGUGAUACCCGACAAGGCGGACGGCAGGAAGAGGAAGGGCAAGGAUGUGGUGCCUGAGCCUGACAAGGCGGGCGGCAGGAAGAGGAAGGGCAAGGAUGUGGUGCCCGACAAGGCGGGCGGCAGGAAGAGGAAGGGCAAGGAUGUGGUGCCGGAGAUGUCGUGGCCAGAGGAAGGAGAUGAGACGGGAAUGUUGGAGUUGGAACAAGCCAGCUCCCCCAACAAGAGACUACAAAUAAUGCAGCAGCAUGAUGAGCCGCCACCGCCAUGCCCGCAGACGAUGAUGCCAGCACAAGACUGUGACUACGGUCCAGGCAUCGUGCCACCAUCGCAGGAACCACCGCCACCGCCACCGCCAUGCCUGGAGACGAUGGUGCCAGCACAAGACUGUGACUACGGUCCAGGCAUCGUGCCGCCAUCGCAGGAACCACCGCCACCGCCACCGCCAUGCCCGAAGACGGUGAUGCCAGCACAAGACUGUGACUACGGCUUUGAUCAUGAGUCCAUGUUGCUGCUGCUGCAAUUUCAGAUGACGCCUCCAGUUCUAGGAGUAGGAUACGACAACUACGGCAUGACGGGGUACCAGCCGGCCACCAGCUACGUAGAUGACGCGGCGGGGCCUCUUGGGGCUUUCAGUUACGGCGGCAGCGGCGCUGCACAUCAACCGGCGGGUCACCUGAACUACGGUGGGUACGCCGGCGGUCAUCCUGGUGGCCUUUUGGGCACCUGCAACAACACAUAUACUUACCCGCAGUAUUACUCAUACGCCGGAAUGAACCAGUUGGUCACCAGCAGCAACAGCACAUACACUUACCAGCAGCAGCAUUCACAUGCCGCCGGAACCAACAAGUUGGCCCCCGGCAGCAGCACAUAUACUUACCAGCAGCAGCAUGCACACACAACGGCAGAUGGAACCAGCAACAGUACAAAUAGUUACCAGCAGCAGCAGUCAUGCGCCGCGGGAGCCAACAAGUUGGCGUUGGUCAUGGGAGCGAUGAGCAUCGGCACUGGUCAGGGGAGCGAUGUGCAGCCACAGGUAGAGCUGUGAGACCCGCGGCAGGAGCCUAGAGAAUAGAUUUGUCGGGUGUUAGGGGAUAUAGAACUUCCAGCAGAGAGCACUCACUAGUAGUCGUCGUCAACUCACAAGUUGGCAUUGGUCAGGGGAGCGAUGUGCAGCCACAUGUAGAGCUGUAAACCCCGCGGCAGGAACCUAGAGAGUAGAUUUGUCGUACCGUUAGGGGAUAUUGGACGUGCAGCCAGUAGAGAGCACUCACUAGUCGUCCUUAACUCGCCGUUAGGGCAAGUAUUACUAGUUUAGUACGCUUUAGGAUUGUU